AUGCCAAUUCCGAUAGUAGACUCGCAUAUACACCUCUUUCCAGAUUCACACCUACCAUCGCUGGCCUGGUAUGGCCCAAAUAGCCCUCUAGGAUCCCAACACUGUGUAGACGAAUACCGUCAAGCAACAUCAUCCACGCCGAUCAUCUCAGAUUCAACUAAACCCCUUUAUCUCCGCGGUUUCAUAUUUAUCGAAACGGACCGACUCUCAUCAGUCGAGGAAUCAGGCCAUGGGUGGAAACACGUCCUCGAUGAAGUCGCCCUUCUCGCUCGGGUUGUUCGUGGUGAACCCAUUGACGGAGACCAGCAUCGCUAUGUAGACCGUCCGCCAUGUUUGGGGAUUGUGCCUUGGGCUCCGGUGCCAGGUGGUGCUGUCGUAUUGGAGAGGUAUGUAAAAAAGGUCAAGCAGGCAGCUGAAACGGACGAUGUGUGGAGGAAGAUUCGAGGAGUGCGGUAUCUGGUCCAGGAUAAGCCGUCUGGGGUGAUGUUGCAGCCGGAAUUUAUUGAUGGACUGAAAUGGCUCGGAAGGAAGCAGUUGACGUUUGACUUGGGAGUAGAUGCGAGACAGAGUGGAUUGUGGCAGCUACGAGAAGCUGUCGAGAUGAUGGAGCGGGUUUAUGAGGGUGUGGACGAGAAAGAUCAGGUGGUGAUGGUUAUCAACCACCUGUGCAAGCCAAAUCUACGCCUUCCAUUUGCAUCCCCUGAAUCAACCACAACCCAUCCGGAUUUCCUGGAAUGGAAAACACUUGUUACCGCCAUGGCACGAUACCCCACGGCAUACAUGAAGCUCUCUGGUGGCUUCUCAGAGCUGCCACCGCUCUCUCCAGCUCCUGAACCCGACAUUAAAUUCCUCGUUGAGAGACUUCAUUCAUGGACUGAUGCAGUCUUUGAUGCAUUUGGUCCUGAUAGAGUCAUGUUUGGGUCCGAUUGGCCUGUCUGUAACCUUGGAGGAGGCGGGAACGACGCCACUUGGCGUCGAUGGAGGACUGUAGUUGAGGGUGUUUUGGAGAGACGUGGGUUGAGCGAAGAGCAAAGGAAAGGUGUCUGGGGCAAGGUUGCACUGAAAGCUUAUGGAAUUGAGAUUGAAGGGCUGUAA